AGUGUGUUGGCCAUGUUGAAAAAGUCAGGUCUACCCACUGUUUGGGUUAGCUGUUAUAAUUAAUGGAAAAGAAAAGAAAUUCAUUGCAUCCAAAUCACUAUGUAACUUCCAAUAUCUCCAUUAUCUCUUCAACAUUGCUCUAACAAAAUUACUUAUUCAACAAUCAUGGAAAGUAACAUGUUGAAUCUGAUCAAGGUGUGUCCCAUAGUUAUCAUAUCCUUAAGCUACUGUUAUUUGAUUCAUAAAUUUGUUUCACCAGGAACAAAAAGACUUAUUUGUCUUCUUCCAAUUAUUUUUCUCAAUCUUUUCAUUCCUCUUACCUUUACCUCUGUACACUUAACAGGCACCUUAGGAUUCUUCUUUGCUUGGCUUGCAAAUUUCAAACUCUUGCUAUUUGCUUUCAAUAUUGGUCCUUUAUCAUCUGAUUCAUCAAUCUCUCUUACACGUUUUAUAGCUCUUGCUUGUCUUCCAAUCAAGAUCCAACAAAACCCACCCAAAAAACACCAUCAAAAUCUAACAAAUGGAUCAAAAAAUUCAGAUUUUGAAACUGAAACCAAACCCACUUCAAAAACAUCAAAUACCAACACCCCAUUUCUACAAUAUGCCAUAAAGUUUGUUCUUUUGGCUAUUUUGGUGAAAAUUUAUGAUUACAGUGACCAAAUUCAUCCAAAAAUUAUACUAGGUAUGUAUUGUUUCCACAUAUAUUUUCUAUUGGAAAUAAUCUUAGCAAUUGUUGCAACAUUAGCUAGAACAAUAUUGGGUUUAGAAUUGGAACCACAGUUUAAUAAUCCAAUCCUCUCAACAUCACUCCAAGAUUUCUGGGGAAGAAGAUGGAACCUUAUGGUGACAAGCAUCCUAAGACCAACAGUGUAUGAACCAACAUUAAAAGCAGCAAAGAACAUUGUGGGUCCAAAGUGGGCCCCACUACCAGCAGUGUUUGGAACAUUUGUGGUUUCAGGUUUGAUGCAUGAGCUUAUACUGUAUUACAUGGGAAGGUUGGAACCAACUUUAAGGAUGUUUGGGUUCUUUGUUUUUCAUGGAGUGUGUUUGACGGUGGAGAUUGCAUUGAAGAGGUGUUUUACUGCCAGGUGGCAGUUGCCGAGGUUUGUGUCGGGGUUUUUGACGGCUGGAUUUGUUUUUGCAACGUGUUUUUGGUUGUUUCUUCCAGAGUUUAUACGGUGUAGGCUUGAUGUUAGGGCUUUUGAGGAAUAUGCUGCUUUAGGUGUGUUUGUUAAAAAUCUCAGUUCCAAGUUCUGAAAUUUUUUGUUGUAAUUCACUCUUGAUUUUUUUUUGUUUGACUAUCAAACUAUCACAAUCGCUAUUGUUAGGAAAAAAA